CCUUAGGCCAAUUCCUUCGAAAUUAUUCUCAGACGCAUUCUCUUCCUUCCUAUCAUCUCGCUGUUCUAGGGUUUCCUCUAUUCAAAUUCUUCUUGCGACUGUUCUAGGGUUUCCUCUCUGCAAAUCCUUCUUGCGAUUCUUGUUUGAUCGAAGAACCAGAGUGUGGAAUGGGAAGAAAUUAUACGAGGAGGAACAAAGAAAAUACAAAGAACAUGAAUGUCUUUCAAGUGGCCCAAUCGGGGGAAUUAAGCGAAGGAAGCAUUCCAAUUAUUAAGCUUGAGGAAGGGUUGCAGUUAAUUGAUAAUGGAAUUGCCAAAUUGAAGGCCUUUCUUGAGGAUCAAGCUGAUACCACAACCAGAUUGUUUAGUGGUGAUGACUAUAUGCACCUCUACACAACAAUUUUUAAUAUGUGUACCCAAGAUGGCCCUUAUAAUUAUUCGGAACAACUGUAUAAGCGGUUCAAGGAAUUGAUAUUGAGCUACAUUUCUGAGACGGUAUUGCGAUCUUUAGAAGAGAAACAUGGCAUGUUCUUUUUGAGAGCACUUGAGAGAAGAUGGUUGGAUCACAAACUAAUGCUCAAAUGGCUUUCAAGGUUCUUUCAAUAUCUUAAUCGCUUCUACAUUCCAAGAAAUUUUUUAGCUACCCUGGAUCGAGUUGGUCUAACAUGCUUCAAUGAUCUUGUUUACAGUGGACUGAAGCAAACCAAAGAUGUGAUAAUUAAUUUUAUUGAUCAAGAGCGUGAAGGAGCACAGAUUGAUCGAUCUGUAUUAAAGAAUUGUCUGUCCAUGUUCAUAGAGCUUGAGGUUUAUGAGGACUUUGAGGAAUGUUUGCUUGAUCAUACAUCCUCAUACUAUGCUCGAAAAGCUUCAAACCAUAUUUUGGAGGAUUCGUGCUCAGAUUACAUGUUGAUGGCAGAGCAAUGUCUGAAAGAUGAGAAAGAAAGGGUUUCUAGUUACUUAAGAUCAACCAGCGAACCAAAGCUGUUAGAGAAAGUGCGGCUUGAGCUUCUGUUCUUACAUGCAAAUCAACUACUUGAAAAAGAACACAGUGGAUUGCAUAUAUUGUUACGAGAUGCUCAGGUGACAGAUCUUUCAAGGAUGUAUAGACUUUUUUCAAGUAUAGACGAAGGGCUAGAACCAGCAUCUAUGAUAUUUAGAGAGCAUUUAAUUUCGGUUGGUACAGCUCUAGUAAAAGAAGUGGAUGAUGCAGCUAGUCAGAAAAAGGUUGAGAAAAAAGACAUUGUUGGUUUGCAAGAGGAGGUUUUUGUGCAAAAGACAAUUCAACUUUACGAGAAGUACGCUUCUUAUGUUACUAACAAUUUCAUGGGUCACCCUAUAUUCUGUAAGGCACUGAAAGAAGCUUUUGAGGUCUUCUGUAACAAGCAAAUUGCUGGCAGUUCAAGUGCAGAAAUUUUCGCGUCCUUCUGUGAUAGCACCCUUAAAAAGGGUGGCGGAAGAGAGAACUUAAGUGCUGAAGACAUUGAGGGGACAUUUGAAAAGAUUGUGAAAUUGCUUGUCUAUCUCCACGAAAAAGAUCUUUUUGCUGAGUUUUGUCGGAAAAAGCUUUCCCGCAGGCUCCUUUCUCAUAGAAGUGCUAAUGAUGACCAUGAGAGGUGUCUGUUAUCUAAAUUGAAGCGGCAAUUUGGUAGUCAGUUUACGUCAAAGAUGGAGGGGAUGGUUAAUGAUUUGGUCUGUGCAAGGGAUACUGAAGUGCAAUUUGAGGACUACCGUUUUAAUAACUCACAUGCAAAUCGAGGCUCAGACAUGGCUGUCACUAUUCUAACUACGGGAUACUGGCCAACUUUUAAGUCCUUAGAUCUCAAUGUUCCUGCAGAGUUGAUUAGCUGCAUCGAGAUGUUUAACAGAUUUUACGCAUCCACUACAACAAGAAGAAAAUUGACUUGGAUAUUUUCACUUGGUAACUGUAUUGUGAUGGGGAGGUUUGAACCAAAGCCUAUUGAGCUUAUGCUCACAACCUAUCAGGCUGCCGUUUUGUUGCUAUUCAAUACAUCGGAGAAGCUAAGUUUUAAAGAGAUUGUGUCACUGUUGAAUUUACCCAAUGAAGAAGUUAUGAAGCUGCUACACUCGUUCUCUUGUUCGAAGUACAAAAUUCUGAUUAAAAAGCCAGAAAGCAGAAUUAUCACUUCAAAUGAUACUUUUGAGUUCAACUCUAUGUUUACUGACAAGAUGAGGCGUAUCAAGGUUCCACUUCCUCACGUAGAAGAGAAGAAAAAGGUGGUUGAUGAUGUUGGGAGAAAUAGAGGAUAUGCGAUUGAUGCUGCUGUUGUUCGGAUCAUGAAGGGUAGGAAAGUUUUGCACCACCAACAGCUUGUGGGGGAAUGCUUGGAACAGCUAAGCCACAAUUUCAAGCCUGAUGUAAAAUUGAUCAAGAGAAGGAUUGAUGGGCUGAUCGUUCGGGAAUUCUUGGAGAGGGACCCUGAUAACUCAUCAUUGUACAGAUAUCUGGCCUGAUUUAGCCUUUUUUUUUUUUACUUCAAUUUUUGCAUCUUUUGGAGGAUUUUCAAUUUUGUGCUAAUUCUUCUUUUCUAAUGGUCUCUAAGGAUGCAAUU